CAGCAAGCACGGCAAGGCACCGGCAGGGCCGGCAGCAGGCGAGGCGAGGCACCGUAAGCGCGGCGGUGGCGGUUGCCGGGAUACCGGACAGCGGGUGAGGGCCCCAGAGCCCUGGCCCGGGCGGCGGCACAGCCCUCAGCGCGGGGGGAAGGCUCUCAGAGGGCUACGUCUGGAGCUGCUGGCCUGCUCGGCACCGAAAGCGAGCCAAGAGUGACCGCCAGAAGCCCAGAGUAUCCCUGCCCGCGCUGGAACAUGUCUGCCGGCGAGCACCGCCGUUGCACGGCAAGGUGAAGAUUUUGCAGCUAAAACGUUGUCGAACGACGGGAAUCAGAGCGAGUAACGCAAGCCACAACCUCCUCAUCCUUCCUGCGGGAACCUUGUUGGGAGAAAAAUAAAUAAACUUUGAAUCGCGUUGUGCUUAAUCAGUACCUAGCAAGGACCUAAAAGGAGGCGCUGCCCUGUGGGCACAGCAGGCCGUUGCCGGCUCUGUUAGCCAGAAAGCAAACAAUGAUGGCAUAGGUAAAGGGCGAGCCAAAUAUUGGCAAUGGAUGGAGAACAGCUAUACCACUGAAAAUCCACGAACCACUUUGGUUUUAAAUCACUGUAUGGAAAGAAAUGAGACGCUGCACUUGGCAAAAAAUGACUCUGGAAAAUGUGAUUUGUGCCUCUCUUUUGACAGAGCUGUUCUGAAUACUCAUAAUACAACUUUGGAUAAAACAGUUGUUUUGACAUGUAUUUUAGAAUAGAAAACAAACUUCCAGGUGGUUGUCUGGAUGAACAAAACUGAAGUCAGGUUACUUGCUCUGCUGCAGAAUGUUGGUUUUGGUUAUUUUUUGUUACCAAAAAAAAUGGUAGACUGCAAAGUUUUCAGGAGGUUCACAAUGUGGCUGGAGUAUUAACUAAAAAGAAAUGCCUAAGUAAUUGAUGGUGGAUUUCAGUGAAUGAGCUAAAGGAAAUGAAACACAGGGUUUCACCAUCAAUAGCAAAAUAUUGCCAUGGCAAUGGGUAGCUCUGCCAGGAAUAAACAAACAAACAACAACAGACCUCUUCUCUUGCAGAAAAAAAAGGAGAAUUUUCUGUUCUCACCUCACCAAAGUCUGUGCCUUUGGACAUCUUGGAGGGGAGAAGAUGGUGUACCCUACUUAUACAAGUCUCACAAAUCCAGUUCCCUUCUCAGUCAGAGAUCAUUUCCAGAGCAAGAAGUAACCUUUAUGCCCAAGAGAAGGCAUCAGCAUUUGCUUUAUAAUUUCAGCGCUUUGGUUACUGUAAUUAUGUACCGUUUCCUUACAGAAGAUGGAAGGACUCAGAAAUAACACAGCUUGUGUCACUCCUAGUUGAAGUCAAUCCUUCUUCAGGCGACACUGCUGACAGGGAAGAUUUUCUUAAGAGGAAAAAACUUGGACUCUUACUUAAAUUAAUAAAGAGCUUAAAAAAAACGCAUUGUGGAGAGUGAGCGAGCUGGAAAAGCACAAGCUGCCCUUUUCUACAGGCACGGGUGUCUGGUGGGGAGCAUGCCAAUGCACAGGCACCAAAGUCCUCUCCAAGCAGGGCCUUCAGAGGUGGUCAUCUGCCUCUGAAAACUUUUUGGACAUUUCUGGCAAUCCCCAGUCCCUCACAGGAUGCAGUCCCACUACCUGGUGUGAGCUCUCUCAACCCAGGGAGACAAACGUCAGCCACUGCCCAGCUGGUUGGAUUUUCCCCAUCUUACAGCACCUCGCAGGUCUCCUCUCUGAGCAGUACGUUGCCUGAGUGAGUGGAAACACACAGAUCAGCUGCAGGUUUCUGUCUACAAAACCAGAGUGAAAGAGAAAGAAAAGGGUUGAGAAAGAAGAAACAAAUACUGACCUGGACUUACAGAAAGACAUCCAAUGGCUGAAUAAAGGACCCCUGUUCAUGUUUUGGGAUAUUCUUUCAACUGUCUGGAACGAGAGCGGAUCAAAAGAAUGGGAAAUGCCAGCAGACCCUUUAGAAGAAUUGCUUAUUUCUUAUGCCUUUUAUCUGUGCUUCUGCUGACUGAAGGGAAGAAACCAGUGAAGCCAAAAUGUCCUGCCUGGUGUACUUGUACCAAAGAUAAUGCUUUAUGUGAAAAUGCCAGAUCUAUUCCUCGCAGCGUUCCGCCUGAUGUUAUCUCACUAUCCUUUGUGAGAUCUGCUUUUACUAAAAUCCCAGAAGGGAGUUUUUUGCUCACACCAUCUCUGCAGCUUCUGUUGUUUACAUCCAACACUUUUGAUGUUAUUAGUGAUGAUGCUUUUAUGGGCCUUCCUCAUCUAGAAUAUUUGUUCAUAGAGAACAACAGCAUUAAGUCAAUUUCAAGAAAUACUUUCAGAGGACUGAAAUCUUUAAUCCACCUGAGUCUCGCAAAUAAUAACCUCCAGUCACUUCCAAAAGACAUAUUCAAAGGCUUGGAUUCUUUGACAAAUGUAGAUCUUCGAGGCAAUGCAUUUAAUUGUGACUGCAAACUGAAGUGGUUAGUGGAAUGGCUGGGCAGCACCAAUGCAACGGUUGAAGACAUUUACUGUGAAAGCCCACCAGAAUACAAGAAGCGCAAAAUCAAUAGCCUCUCUCCGAAAGAAUUUGAUUGCAUUAUUACAGAAUUUGAAGUUUAUCAGUCCCUGCCAUACCAGUCUCUGUCAGUGGAUACUUUCUCAUACAUGAAUGAUGAAUAUGUGGUUAUCGCUCAGCCUUUUACUGGAAAAUGCAUCUUUCUUGAAUGGGACCAUGUAGAAGUGAUGUUCAGGAAUUAUGACAACAUUACAGGUACUUCAACUGUUGUAUGUAAACCUAUAGUUAUUAAGAGUCAGCUGUUUGUCAUUGUCGCACAGCUGUUUGGAGGCUCCCACAUAUAUAAAAGAGAUCGUUUUGCUAAUAAGUUUAUAAAAAUUCAAGAUAUUGAAAUCCUUAAAAUCCGAAAACCUAAUGACAUUGAAACUUUCAAGAUUGCUGAAGACUGGUAUUUUGUUGUGGCAGACAGUUCAAAGGCUGGUUUCACCACGGUUUACAAAUGGAAUGGGAAUGGAUUUUACUCCCAUCAGUCUCUGCAUGCCUGGUACAGAGAUACUGACGUGGAGUAUCUUGAAAUAUCUGGCAAGCCACAUUUAAUUCUGUCAAGUAGUUCCCAGAGACCUGUAAUAUAUCAAUGGAACAAAGGAACAAAUGAAUUUGUUAAGCGUUUUGAUAUCCAAGAUAUGGAAGAUGCAUAUGCAGUGAAACAUUUCAAAGUGAAAGAGGAUGUAUACAUUUGCUUAACAAGAUUUAUUGGGGACUCUAAAGUAAUGAAGUGGGGUGGUUCUGCAUUUCUGGAUUUACAAAGGAUGCCAUCCCGAGGGUCAAUGGUAUUCCAACCGCUUCAGAUAAGUAAUUAUCAAUAUGCCAUUCUUGGAAGUGAUUAUUCUUUCACUCAAGUCUAUUAUUGGGAUGCUGAAAAGGCAAAAUUUGUGAAGUUUCAAGAAUUAAACGUACAGGCACCAAGAUCUUUCAUACAUGUCUCCAUCGAUAAACGAGAUUUUCUCUUUGCUUCAAGUUUUAAGGGAACUACCUUGAUUUAUAAACAUGUCAUAGUUGACUUAAGCGCAUGACACUCAUAACUCUGAGAUUACAUCAGACUUUCUACCAUAAGUGGAUAAAAUGAACUAAAUGCAUGAUGACUCUCUUAUCUUACUUCCAAAUGAAUGCCUUUAAAAGUUGAGAUUGCUAGAACAAAGUAUUACUAGUAUCUUCAUCUUUAAUUGUCAAGUCUAGUGGUGUUGGAAGUUGCAUUUUUUAACAAACAACAAAAAAAAGAAAUUAAAUAACUGUUCUUUGCAUCCACAGUAUGUAAAUAUUUGUGCAACUGCAUCUGUUGCUAUAAAGAAUAUUAAGAUGUACUUUUCCAUUUAUUUAUUCACCUGUUUGAAACAACUGCCAAAUAAAAUGUUUACAUUUUGUGUCUUUCACAUUCCAAAUGUUACUUGCAGGUGAUAUUUUUUUUCUUUGCGUGUAGGUUACACACACACACACACACACACACACACACACAGAGUAUACCCAAAAGGCAUACUUCUCAGUGCAGUGUUGUACUGCAUGGAAGAUGCUCAGUAGUGGAGAUCAGGUGGGUCUUACACAAGGAGCCCUUGAUAAAAAUAUGGCAUUCAACUCCAAUCGUAUAAAUUAUCACAUUGACAUAAUCUUGCAUUUAUGUGAAGCUCUGUUGAUUUAAACAGGACUCUUACUCAGAAAAAAAUACUUCAGUUAUAUAGGUCUGGGCUGGAGGGCUCAGUUACAUAGAACCAGUUGUAGGAUGCAGCUUUUUACUGUGUGGAGCUGUAAGAAUAUGAUUUUCUUAAACUUUGCAAAUAAAUCAACAGAAUAAAAGACAAUACAAACAUCCAUCUUUCUCCACCUCACGCUGAAGCAGUACAAAACAAACCUCUGGUAUAAUGCUGGGCCGGUUACUGUGGUAAAGCUAGAAGCACAGCUUAUUUUUCAGCUAACAUCAGUUCUGUGUCUGAACUGUCACACAUUACUUGCAUUAAUUCUGUAUGACCCUGUCAAGUCUUUUCCCUGCAUUUGAAAUUAUUUAAUCUUCAUGAUUCUGAAUGAAGGUAGUGAAUGUGAAGUGUGCUUUUUCCACUAUCCUACAAUGAAUUUUAGUAAUAGGUACUUCUGAAAUUCAGGCAAGUUUGAAUAUGGCAAGACAAAUUCAACUGGUGUAGCAAAUGCAUCUCCAGCAAAGCUAUCUAGAGCUGUUAAAUUACAGGAAGUCUGAAUUUGGCAUUAAAAUCUAUUAUAAACUUGAAUUUAAAUUAGUCUUCUGUUUACAUAGAUCUAGUGCAUCACUUACGAGAAACCUACACUGUUGCUGAACAUCAUUUGGUGCAGCUCAGAAAGAGAGCUUAAGUUGAUUUAAUACACCUUUGCACUUCAUUUGAUGUUAUCAAACCUUGUGCUCCAGUGUUGUCUUUAGAAUAUACACAUUUCUAACAUUCAUAGACGUUGACUGCCAAAUAAGAUUUAUCAUACUAUGGAUGUCAGCUAAUUACACAAGAUGAUUUUGCAAGCUCACUUCUCCCUGUAGUCACAGAGAUCCCCAAAGUGGCAGAGCAUUAUGGUACUGAUGGAAGCAGCUGCAGCAGAAAAACGAUCAUUAAGAAAAGACAUAUAAUGCAUAUUUUAAGAAGCCAGGCCUAAACUUCUAUAAUAAAGAAUACUUUAUUUCUUUUUUUUUUCCUUCUUUUUUUUUUGAUAAUAUAUUAAAUGUUCCAUGAAAAGGGAAGAAAAAAAAAUCCCAUGCGAACAACACUACUCUAAUGAGUUCAUUUUUCUGAUACCUUUUUAUCCUUAGCUGCCUAUGCUCUGGUCAGUAUUAGGCUUAAUAACUACCUAUUAUGUAAGUAUUUACAGUGUGACUAAAAAGACUUAAAAAUAAGUUUCACAGCUGAAAGCUUAUUUUUUUUUUCUUAAUGCAGUCCCAGAAAUCAUCUUGAUAAAUCAUCAUUUGCUUAACAAGUAUUCUUCAUAAAUUUUUCGCUUUUAUAUGAGCAUGAUUUCAAACCCCAAAUUAUCUCUUUUAUUAUUUCUCAGUGUUGGCUGCAAAUCUGUGAUUGCCAACUCGGUUUGUCCAUCUCUUCUUCAACCCACCUCUCAUGGCAAAGGAAUGAAAUGGAAAGUCAAGAACCAGUCUCCAAUCAACCAGCAAAUCAUUAUGUGCUUUCUACUUCAUCUCAUCUUUCAUUUUGGUCUUUUACUUAAGGUCCUAUUGAAUUACGUGCAGUGAUUUUGAUCUGAUUACUCCUAUUAUACUUGCCUACAUGCACUCUCUAUCAAAUUAUAUAGAUAUCCUUCUCAUUACGGACAUAUUAUGGAUAUGUGUGUGGCUGAGUUUAAGAGGAGUUGGAUAACCUUGCUAAUCUGCUACCAAUAUUUAUUUACAAGCUCUAUACCCCAAUCUACUGCUGCUCAAUUGUAUCUUGAGAAGGUUAUGUUGGAAUUAUAUUUCAGAGCCAGCCAGCUACAUGGCCUCUGCUAUAGUAGUGCUAUGAUUGUUUUCCUAAGUUAACAUUCUGAUUGAAUGUGAUUGACUUCUGGGAAUUCCCCUUACUCUCAGGUUUAAAUGAAGAGUUUAAAAGCCUGCAAAGGUGUGAGUCAGUAGAAUUUUACACUCACAGUACCUGUAAAACUAGCCACAGUACAGUGGAGGAUGGUAAGGAAUUCAUCUUUUGAGUUAAUCUGCUGAAGUGUGCAACUGUGUUAUCAGUUUGGUUGUUCCUUCCAGAAAUUUUACCUGUAGUCAAGCACUAAUGAUUGUGAAGGUCUUAAUGCCUAUGUUAUUUUUGGAAGGUCAACUAAUCACCAGGAAAUGCUGAAUCUAAAUCUGUCCUCUCUUGAAAAUCCAUUUCCCUAGUUAGUUUAUGUAAGGUGGAAAUUCAUAGGUACUACAGCUGGUUUCUUAUUGUGCAAGUCUAGCAUUUCACUGCACCCCAUAAGGAAUGGGGGUAUUUUUAGAACAGAACUCAUAAUCCUUAACGCAGAAGAGUGUAAAGGCUCAUUAGGUGGCUCCCUGUGCUGUUUCCUCCUAAUUUCAGAGACUGGGCAUUUUAACAGCACCUCUGAGCAUAUGGCCAUAUUCUGUCCUGGUUCUCUGCUCAGUAAUCCUUCUGGUACCAGUAAAGGUCUCAAACAAAAACUAAAAUAGAACCUCUUAUCACAUGCAUUGAUACUUUCCCCCUUAAUGUUGAAGUUCAGUUUUUGGGUUUUUUUUAAUACAUUUCUUUCAGCAAAGCCUAUGUUACUUGUGGAUGAAUGGUUGUUCUCUGUAGUUGUAGUUGUUUUUAAACUCCCAAUUGUUUUGUUUAUAACUGACAGAGUAUGUAAAGUACUAAAAGUGUCACAGAAGACAAUACUGAAGGUUCUGCUGCUGAUCCUUGAUGCUGCUUAGUCACAUCAAUGUCUAAGACACAAAAAAUUGUUAAUGGGUUUGUAAUGUAUUCCUACAACUACAUCACUCUAUUUUUUUAACAGAGCACAAAUAGAAUAUGCACAUCUCCAGAAAGGAUAUAAAAAUACAUUCAGAAUGCUAGAUAUUACACUAUGUGGACACCCCACCCCCCCACCCCCCCCCCUUUCCCCUUUUCUUUGUCUGUUGCAAUGUCUAGGACUUUUAGUCUACUUAUUUUCUGUUUCUAAAAAAAAUCCCAAAACACACUCUUGCUAUAAGGAAGAAAAUUCAGCAGGGAAGAAUCUUGUCCUGUAAGGUACUAAAACAAAUAGAAACAGGGAGAAUUGUAUUCUUGGUUUGAAGUUGCAUUUUAAUUGCAAUUUCUCUUGGUUAUAUUAGUUUUUAACUUUGUUUGAAGGGGUGAUAGGAGCCAUUCAAAGUACACUUGAGGAGGGGAAACAAUUAUUAGCAUAGUUAAUAAUACCAUUUGCCAUUUGUAAUGUGUUUUGAUAUCUUCUAGUGGGAAGCUAAAUGUCUAACAGCUGUAUUUAUGAGCAUUACAAUACAUUGUGCUAGUAUUCAGUGGAUAAUAAAGAAGUACCAAACAAUC